AUGGUUCAGCCAUCUCAUAUGAUGCCUCUUCAACAUCAGGGUCACCCACCAUUUGGGCCCCGGACCCCACAGACGUCCAUGGGGCCUCGCUUACCAUUUGGCGCUCCUUGUCCAGACCCCUCCAGGUAUCCCAAGUCAGGCCCCCAGUUCUGCUCUCCAGGCAGGGAACUGGAUAAUGUCCGAGGGGAUACGGACUGUCGAUUGUCAGGACACAGCCCCGAACACAGGGGGAAGCACUCUUUCAGAUCUCGAGACUCUAGCAGGUCAUCAUGGGAUACGCGUGGUUCACCGCACUCCGGAAGGGACAGUGAGUCUGAUCAGAGGAGAGGGAACAGCCCUGGCAACUGGGACAGGAGAGCUCAUAGGUCAAGGGAGAGAAAUCCUGACAGAAUUAGUAGUCAGUUUAGGGAUCAGAGCAGAAGCGGUAGCAGAAGCAUGUUUCACUCUGAUCGGAGGCGGGACUACUCGAGAGAGCGGCUGCGGAGCGAUUACCGAAGCAGGCAUGACAACAGUAGAUCAGAAAGGAACGACGAUCGACGCAGUAAUAAUGGGCGGAACAGCAGGGAAAUGGGGCGGGGAAGAAGUGAUAGGGAGAGUUCAGGACGCGACCGGGGGCGUUUCAGAGAUUAUCAACGAUCCCGACCCACAGGGCGAGACAGUGAUGGUGGAUCUUACAGGAGUGACAGGACUGACAGAGAAAGAUGUGGUGCUAGCAGCAGUACAGUAGAUGACACAGGAUCAGGGCUUAGUGACUCAGGGGACAGGCGAGGCCUGGAGUGGGACAGGAUGAGGAGGGAAUCGCCUGAACGGGGUCGAGAUAGGGGGCGGACGGAAGACAGGAGAAGACGAAGGUCCCCCAGGAGACACCAUUCCUCAGAGUCUCAGUCUGAAGACGGCAGUCAGCGAUAUUCACGCAAGCGAAACCUAUCCCAGGAAAGAGAUGAAAGGCCAUCUAGAAAGCGGGCCAAGCGAGCUCCCUCACGGAGCCCCAGCCCUGACAAAUCCCUGGAGGAAACCCAGGAAGAAGCACCCCCAGCAGAGAUUGAGGAGGACAUACCUAUCUGGCUAAGAUGCUCCCCUGCUGAUUUGUACUUCACCAGAAACACGCAGACAGGCUGCAUGGAAGGUACACAGAAAAUGCUGGACUUGGAAAAUAAAUUUGAGGAAGACAUUGUUAAAAGGUCUGUGAAGGCAAUGGAAGGGCAGCCUAACUACGACCCCCCGCGAAGACCAGUGAAUGUCCACCAUCACCAUCAUCACCACGACGAGGACGGGCACUCCUCAGAUUCAGAUUGCAGUGUGAGCAGCUCGUCUGAGGAUGAAGAAGAUGUGGAAGAUAGCAUGCAUUGGGUGGAGGAGUUGAACCACAAGAUAGAAAACCCCUACAGACUACACAGUGAGCUAUGGUUCAAUGAGCCGGGAGAGAUGAAUGACGGACCACUGUGUAGGUGUAGCCUGAAGUCCCAACAAACGGGCAUCCGACAUAAUAUAUACCCUGGUGAAGUGGAAGUUCCAAACUGUGAUCGUAACACCAAUAACUGUGAUAAACUGUUCCAUUACCGUGUGACAAUGUCUCCUGUCACCAAUUUUCUGACGAAAAGUCCCACAAUUAUAGAGUACGAUAACCAUGAGUAUAUCUUUGAAGGAUUCUCUCUCUUCUCUCAUUACAAGCUGGAAAAUGUGCCCAUAUGUAAAGUGAUCAGGUUCAACAUCGAGUAUACAAUCCUGUUCUUUGAAGAGCAGGUGCCUGAGAACUUUACCGUGCGCUCACUGGAUCUGUUCUCAGACUACUUGUUCCGUGAAAUCCUGGAGUUAGUAGAUCUGGACUGGAAACACCCGAAAAAAGACUGUAACCGUUUCCACAUCAUGCCCAGAUUUGCACGCACAUUACCUGAGCAUGGCAAGGAGCUGUUAUCAAUGAAUGUUGUACUGUCCUACCUGUGUGAUAGCUCCAAGCCGUUGUUGGAAGAAACCGAGUUAUCUCAGGUGUUAAAAUAUGAAAAGCACGAGUGGCAGCAGCUUGUGGAUGAAGUCAAAGGCAUGAUUGUCACAAAGCCGGGCAAGAAGCCGAGCUCCAUCCGCAUCGACCAGUUGGACAGACAGCAGAAGGAUGACAAUGUGAUUACCUCCCCUGUGAUCGUGCACUUCGGCAUCCGUCCCGCACAGCUCAGCUAUGCUGGAGAUCCCACGUACCAGAAGGUGUGGAAACAGUUUGUGAAGUACAAACAUCUACUAACCAGCAAGCCCAAGGUGACAUAUGCUGACAAACAGAAGCUGAUUUACAAAGAGGAGUAUCUACAGCAGAUCAGACAGAAAAGCUCAAUGAAGAGAGAAGUGACAGUGGAGCUGGACAGUCAGGGAUUCAUCAGGACAGGGAUCAAAUCUGACAUGUGUCAGCAUGCCAUGUUACUGCCAGUCCUGAUUUGUCACCUGAGAUUCCACAAAGCUCUGGACAAGCUGGAGGAGAAUCUGGAUUACAGGUUCAAGGAUAGAAAUCUCCUUCAGCUCGCUCUGACCCACACCUCCUACAGGGUGAACUUUGGCACAAACCCUGACCAUGCUCGUAACUCCCUGUCUAACUGUGGAAUACGACAGCCGGAAUACGGAGACAGGAAAAUACACUACGUCCACACACGCAAGAGAGGUAUAAACAUAUUGAUUGACAUCAUGUCCAGAAUGGGUCACAAAGAUGAGACGACCUCAGAAAUCCCUCACAACGAAAGACUGGAAUUCCUGGGUGAUGCUGUCGUGGAAUUUGUGUCCAGCGUUCACCUGUUCUUCAUGUUCCCCUGGCUAGAGGAAGGAGGUCUCACAACUUACAGAGCUGCUAUAGUCCAGAACCAACAUCUGGCUGUUCUAGCAAAGAAAUUCUUCCUGCAGGACUUCAUGCUAUAUGCCCAUGGCCCUGACCUGUGCCAUGAGUCUGACCUCAAACAUGCCAUGGCCAACUGCUUUGAGGCUCUGAUGGGAGCACUAUUUAUUGAUGGAGGCAUAAAAUUGGUGGACAGGAUCUUUGGCCAGUGUCUGUUUGGAGAUUCAAGCCUGUAUUCAGUGUGGAUGGACUUACCCAAACACCCCUUACAAGAGGAAGAGCCUAAUGGUGACAGGCAGUGGGUUGAGUCCAGUCCAGCUUUACAGAAACUAAUGAAGUUUGAAGAAAGCACGGGCAUUAAGUUCAACCAUAUGAGGUUACUGGCUAGAGCAUUCACCCUGAGGAAUGUAGGUUACAACAACCUGACUCUUGGUCACAAUCAGAGGUUGGAGUUUCUGGGAGACACUGUACUACAACUGGUCUCCUCAGAUUACCUGUUCAAACAUUUUCCUGAUCAUCAUGAAGGUCACCUCUCUCUGUUGAGAAGUUCCCUAGUGAACAACCGUACCCAGUCUAUUGUCUGUGAUGACCUGGAUAUGACAAACUAUGUGAUAUAUGCAGAUGCGAGAGGUGCCAAGAUUAAAAUGAAGACCAAAGAAAAGGCAGAUCUGUUAGAAGCCUUUGUAGGAGCUUUGUUCAUUGAUCAGGACCUGGAGUAUUGCCAGGUGUUCUGUGGAGUCUGCUUCUUCCCCAGGCUCAAGGACUUCAUCCUGAAUCAGGACUGGAAUGAUCCCAAAUCUCAGCUUCAGCAGUGCUGUCUGACCCUGAGAGAGCUGGAUGGCGGUGAUCCAGACAUCCCUGCUUACAAAGUAAUUGAGUCGACGGGGCCGACCAACACCAGAACGUACACAGUGGCGGUGUAUUUCCGGGGAGAGCGUCUGGCCACAGGGACGGGACACAGUAUCCAACAGGCAGAGAUGUCCGCAGCCAUGAAUGCUCUGAAUGAUAGGAGAGAGUUGUUUCCCAUUCUGGAGCAUCAGAAGAGAUUCUUGGCCAAAAAAUACAAGAAAAAACGUCCCCGGAAAUACAGCGGAAGUUUGAAGGAAAUCUACAACAAGGUCAAGGAUAGUGGCCCAGAAAGUCCGUGACUUAGUCCUGAAACUGCUUGAUAAAAACACAGUCUGCAAGAACAGUAAACAAGAGAGAGGAAAUGCAUGUGAUAUGCACUUAUAUGUAUAUGUCAUUGGACCGCAUUCAUCAGUGUCUGUUGUGGCUAACCAGUGUUACUUUGUGCUGGUUUUCUGGGUUGUAUCAAACAAAGAAUUCUCAUAUCACAAAUUUAUUUUGUCGUUAUUAUUAGAAUAAGUUUUUGAUCAACUUUUCAUUGCUCUACAUUAAAAAAAAAAAAUUUUUUUUGUGCCUUUAACAGCAAAGAAAAUUUAAGUCAUGAAAACGCAGACAAAUUUGAUGACAAUUUUUGAUUUUGAACUUCUUUGACUUUGGUCCUUUCUGGCUGUACGUGGGAAGGUUUGUCAGCAUCCUGCGGAUGGUCAUGGGUUUUCCCCAGGUUCUACCCAGUUUCCUCCCACCAUAAUGCUGGCCGCCGUCGUAUAAGUGAAAUAUUCUUGAGUACGGCGUAAAACACCAAUCAAAUAAAUAAAUAAAUAAAUCUUUGACUUUGGCCACCCUUCUCUAUUUGGUAACUGGGGGAGUUAAGGUAACCUGGUUUACCUCCCCCUUCCCUCCACGUCUUCUCAGAA